AUGUCUCAAACAGUAACCACCAGUAACGGCUGGGAUCUAAUCGCAGCCGCCUCUCAGGAUGGACUCAAUGCACAGCUUACAAAGUUACCCGCCAUGCCUGUCCGGAUGGAUAUACCUUUGGAGUUCUUGGGCCUUGAGAAAGCUCUUAUUGAUAUUACACUCGACAUCCCCGCGGCAGAACUGGCCGCGUUGAUACAAGUGCUGAAAACGGUUGUGAAACAAAGCCUUAAGAACGGCAAAGAGUACAAGCUCGCCUCCUUCUCGCUAUCCAACGAGGACGUCCAACAAUACAAGUCAUUGAUCCCUUAUGUGGCUGACUUUUCCUUUGUUCAAGACACCACGAACCCGGGCCGCAGCAACCUUCUGGUGUUGAUGCAGACAGACUUCAUGGUCCUUGUCUCGAACAAACCGUUCUUACAGUACUUUGUCAUGCCUCCCAUGAUUGAGAACAUGAAGAGUCAAGCCAAGCAUCCUGAGGAUGUGCCCAACCAGAUUGCGAUCACAAAGCUCACCGUGCCUGACCUCUACCAGGUGCAAAAUACCCAGGACAUUGGCCUUGAUAAGGAUCAUGACCCGUGGGUCUCCACAAUGACGGGUUGCAUCGAUACCCAGGCACAGGCGCUGUGCUUCUAUCUUGAUGUGAAGGCGGAUGUGACUUUCCUCAACUUCCGCGUGGAUGCAUGGGAUAAGAGCUGGCAGCAGUUCCAGGUCGAUGACAAGGAGAACAUCACCCUGGUCCAGGUCAAUGAAGACAAGGGGAAGUCAACUACCGCUGAAUGGUGGGAGUGGCUCCUCGCAAGUUUGAGUUUUGCCUCAGGGCUCGUCGUUGGUAUUAUGUUUGCUGUUGUGCAGGUCAACGCCCCGGACCUAGGUGGGACUUUUAUUGAGACUGCCCCACUUAUCGUCAAGUGGCCUAAUCAAAAGGUUGUCACACUUAAAAGCAUGAGAACCCCGAACCAUGUGGUUCUGGACAUUGCAGUUGACUUUUUUGAUUGA